AUGUUUAGAUAUCAAUCAUUUUUUGUAUAUGUACUAUUAGUAUUAUCUAUUGUAGCAAUAUCUAUAUCUGUAACAUUAAGUACUAGUCCAAAUAUAAAUGAUUUAGGAAUACAGAUCAAUGAUAUAUUAACAGGAUGUCAGAGCAACCACAGUUGUUUUGGAACGAGUUGGUCGAUAGCUGUAGAUCAACUCAAUUCUACAACAGGAAAGUUCGAUCAGAUCUAUCGGUUCAAUGAGUUAUCUGCAUUGACACCCGCUUCCAAUACCAAACUGUUGACGACAAUCGUUAUGUACUUGACGAUGGGUCAGCACUACACCAUUCAAACACCGUUCUACACCGAUAAGCCAUUCCAUUCGGGCGAGCCAAUCGAAACUCUUUGUGUUAAGGGACAAGGUGAUCCUUCUAUUACAUCGGCACAACUCAAUCAGGCAUCGCAAUUCUUUGCGAAAUCCAGUGGAAUCAAUCAACUGGUGUUCGACAAUAGCUACUACAUUGGAAAUGCAAUUCCACCCAGCUGGGAAUGGGAGGAUCUGACAGCCAACUAUGGAGCACUACCAACUACUUUGAUGGUCAAUGAGAAUACAGUUGGAUUUACCGUGGUGGCGAGUAGCGCAGUUGGUGGAUUGCCAAACAUUGUAUUGGACAACCAAGCGGAUUCCGCCUACCUCAACGUUGUCAACAACGCAGUAACCGGUUCAUCCACCUCGAAGAACUCGAUCUCUGUUUCUUUCAAGUUUGGAUCGAUACAACCAAUAGUUAGUGGAUCGAUUCCUGCAGGUUCAUCCGGCGUACACUUCACCGUACCAAUUCUCGAUCCCGACACCUAUUUCCUCAAUACUUUUUCAGAGAUGAUUGCACUCAACUCACCGCAAUCCAAACCAAUCUCAACGUCAUUCGGUCAAUGCAACGACGAGAUGUAUCCAGUCUACGUCAUUGAGUCGGACAACCUCGACAAUCUUAUCAACCACACACUGCAAGUAAGCGACAAUCUCUAUGCCGAGUCAUUCCUGCGAAUCAUGGGCGCUUUUAAUAACCACAGUGCGAAUCCAUCGAGUCAGGACGGACUCUUUUUCGUUCAGGAUAUACUAGACGGCAUGGGAGUCGAUCCACUGCUCUACCAGCAAGUCGACGGCUGCGGACUCUCCAGAAACAAUCAGAUUACCUCGAUGGCAUUCCUCACACUACUGGAGGCGAUGUACGCGAAUGCCGGCGAUCCAGAACACACCUACUUCUACCUGCUGCCGGUUGGCGGUGCCAGCGGAACACUAUCGAAGCGUUCACUCAGCAGCUCAGUACACGCCAAGACCGGCUCAAUGUCCGGAGUAUCCAGUCUAUCGGGAAUCAUCACACCGCACGGUAUCUCAGACACUGCCAACCCUCUGUUCUUCUCAAUCAUUGCCAACAAUGCAAACUACGCAACACGUCUAAAUCCAAUCAUCGAUUCAAUCGUUGGAUUACUAACUCAAUUUUCAACACAAUCAAAUUAA